GCACAGGAAAUUCUUGUAAAGGAAACAGGCUUACUCACCCUUUCAACUAAACCCAACCACAAACCUUUUCUUGUCAAGGAGGCUGGUCUGAGAGGAGUUUUUGAUGCUUCAUCUUCAGGACAAUUCCUUCUACUGACAGAGGUAUCUCUCUAUCUAGGAAGAAGUACAGUAGGACUUUUGAAAAUGGAUAUCUUCCUCAUGUUUUUCUGCAGAUAUAAAAGCCAGCAGUCAAUGACAUAAGGACUCGAAGUUUCCUUCCUCUUUUUUAUGUCCUAAGAACAGGAAAUAAAGAAAUGAAGAGGAUACUCGGAAAAGAGCCCCUCCACAUCCUCUUUGCUGGUGACAGAAUGGGUCUCCUGAUGUGAUGACAGGAGCAAAGGAGAGCCAUGCUCUACUGGGGCUGGAUAGUUGUUUGGCUUGUGGCAGGAGAGAGGAUCACAGGAUUUAAUAUUUCAGAUUGUUCCACCAAAAAAGUCCUUUGGACAUACUCCACAGGGAGUGAAGAGGAGUUUGUCUUAUUUUGUGAUUUGCCAGAACUACAGAAAUCUCACUUCUACCCCACGAGUGAACUCUCACCAACAAGAGACCCUGCGUGCUUCCCCUGCAGUGGAAGUAAAGACCUAGCCGAUGUCCAAUGGUACCGACAACCUCAGAAUGGAGAUCCAUUGGAGGAAAUUACUAACAGCAACCCUCGUAUCAUUCAGGACAAGACUAUGCUUCGCUUUUUGAUCCCAGAGAUGAAUAACUCUGGGUUAUAUAUUUGUCAACCCAGGAUUAGGAGCCCCCGGGAUGUGGCAUGUUGCAUCAAGACAGUCUUGGAAGUUAAGCCCCAGACAAAUUCAUCCUGUGAGAACCCUAAGCCACAUAAGCAAUACCUACUUCUUGGUAGCAUUGACUCCAUUUAUUGUCCCAGUCUCAGCUGCCAAAGUGAUACACAGAGUCCUGAGGUGACUUGGUACCAGAAUGGAAAACUACUUUCUGCGGAAAAGAGAAGCACAAUCCUAGUGAAUGAAAUCUUUACCUUUCACCAGGGCAUGUACGUGUGUGAUUAUACUCAUCCGGAUCCUGCUGGCUUGUGUACAAUCAGAGCCGUUGUUCAAGUGAGGACCAUUGUGGAAGACACUAAUUUCAAGCCAGAUAUUCUGGAUCCCGUCAAGGACACGCUGGAAGUAGAACUGGGAAAGCCUUUAACCCUUCACUGCAAAGCACGAUUUGGCUCCGAAAGGUACUUUAAACCUGUGAUAAAAUGGUAUAUCCAAGAUGCUGACCUGGAGUGGGAAGUCCCAAAUUCUAAGAAGAUAAGGCUACAAUCCACUGUCAAGGAUGAAGUUCUUGAACGUGUUAUCUUUUUGAAAAAUGUCACUCGGAGUCAUCUUAGGAGAAAGUUUGUUUGCUUCGCUCAGAACUCGAUUGGGAACACAACCCAGACUGUCCAACUGAGGGAGAAGAAAGGAGUGGUGUUCCUGUACAUCCUUCUGGGCACUCUCACGGUCCUGGCUGGCACGCUGGCCGCAGCUGCUCUCUUCUACACAUACUGGAUUGAAAUAGUGCUGCUGUGCCGAACCUACCGGAGCAAGGAUGAGACUCUCAGGGAUAAAAAGGAAUUUGAUGCUUUUGUGUCCUAUGCAAAAUGGAGCUCUUUUGAGAGUGAAACCACUUCAGCUCUGAGUGAGGAACACUUGGCCUUGAAUCUGUUUCCUGAAGUUUUGGAAAACAAAUAUGGAUACACCUUGUGCUUGCUUGAAAGAGAUGUGGUCCCUGGAGGAGUCUAUGCAGAGGACAUUGUGAGCAUUAUUAAGAAGAGCCGAAGAGGAAUAUUUAUCUUGAGCCCCAACUACAUCAACGGAUCCAGUGUCUUCGAACUCCAGGCAGCGGUGAAUCUUGCCUUAGAUGAUCAAACGCUAAAACUCAUUUUAAUUGAGUUCUGUUCCUUCCAAGAGCCAGAGUCUCUACCUCAUCUUGUGAAAAAAGCUCUCAGGGUUUUGCCCACAGUCACUUGGAAAGGCUUAAAAUCAGUCCGUCCCAAUUCCAGGUUCUGGGCCCAAAUGCGCUACCACAUGCCUGUUAAAAACUCUAGAAGAUUCAAGUGGAACCAGCUCAGAAUUAACUCGAAGUUUUUUUUAUAUUUUUCUUGGAAAAGACUCCAUGAAACAGAAACCACUGGGAGGAGCUCUAGCCUAGGGAUCCCCAGGCAGCCGGAAACCCUUUCCUCUCCAGCCCCGGGAGGAGAGGUGUGGCUGGGCAAAAGGCUCACACGGAUCAGCUAACGGAAAAUUGAGUGUCCUUCUGCCAGCCCCAAGCAAACUUGACAGGCACUGGGAGAGGACCGAGUCUGUGGUUUAAAGCCAUUGAUGUCCCUGACUGGACAGGGGGAGAGUGAUUCAUCAGGCAGCCCACGGAAGGCUUUCCAGGACUUCUGAGCCCAAUCAGCAGAUGCAGCUGCUUCCUCUCUGUGGCUCCGGACUGUCCUAGCUACCGUGUACCCAUGGAUUCAUGUUCAUUUGCAAUCAAAUAAAUAUUAUCUUAUUAGAUACGAGUGAUUUGAUCUCUGCCUAAAGCUUUUUCUGAGGAGUAGACAACUUCUGCUCCAUUUUCUCCUAUCAAGUCUGGAGCGUGGGACGUAAAAACAAAGGCAGGGGACACAGAGAAGGCAGGGGUAGAGUCAGCCUCUGCGGGGAGCUUGUGGGAAAUGACCCCUCUGAGCACAGGAACUACAGGUGCUGCUAGAUUUGCGAUGGAAUGACAUUCUAAAAAACUCAGGGUGUGUCAACAAUGUCGUAAGUCCUGCAUGUGUUUAGCGCACUGAAUCUACUGAACAUCCUAGCUGAGCAGUGCAGCACACUGUCGCACAUUGGUUGAUUCCCUGGGUGACAUGUGACUGGCCCAGGAUCUGCCUCACUACUGCUGCCCCACAUUUCAAGAGAGGGUCAGACUGCAUAUCACUGGCCCCCCAAAAGAUCCAAAUCCAAAAUUUAAAGUCUAGCUUCUACAGAACGUGUAUCACUUUCACAACUUCAGAAAGUCAAGAAAAAUCACAUUGACUAUGGAGGAAAGAGUCCCUUCCUUUGGGCUGAUGCAGUAUGUGUCAAGAUACAGGCUUGGGGACAGAGUGGUGCUAACUUCAGUUCCUCCUUGUCCUGUUGGCCAGAGACCCAUAUGUUGAGCUAAAAGUGUGUGACGGUUGCCUGGGCCACUGGAAACAGGGACCAGCUGGGCCAAGAUAACUCCCCAGUGAGGAGCCAAGGAAUGCACUAACACUUGUGGAGUCCGAGGUCAAGCCGAGCCUGGGAUAUCAGUGUACACACCAGUUGAAAGGCAGGAGGAUGGAGCUGGGACAGAGCCUUGGUGUGAGUUGCUGCUGAGGCCAGCAACCUUCUGUGCCUCAUGGUAACAAAGUGAUAGCUGGAGGGCCAAGUCCUUGCUCCUGAUGGACAAGGCUAAUUUCACUCUCACGAGUUUGUUUCCUUUACAAGAGUUCAACCUGCAGUUAAAAGAGUGUUCUGGUCCUAUACGGGCAUAAAACCUUUUCACGCUGCCUUUCAUGAUGGAGGGAAUGAUUCAUCGUUGGGGCAAUGAAGGAAAGCAGCUCCUAACUGAUUCACAUGCAGUGCGUCCCAUCCACUGGUCUGGUUGCAGUCCAAGUGCAGAGCGGACUGUCUUCAAGAGCAUCAUCAUCAUCAUCAUCAUCAUCAUCAUUGUGGGAGACAGCAUAACCAAAGUUUGAAGAGAUCACGGAGCCUCAAGGGUCUUCUUUCAAGAUUCUAAUUCCCUUGGGGAAACUAUCACCUUAGAACUGCAGGAACGUGACUUUAACUCUGGUGUGGAGAUCUGAUUCACUGCAAAGUUCACAUUCAGGACCCCCCACCCCCAUGGCCACCGCACCAUGACUCCUGUCUGCUCCUCUGUGAAUUGGGGGAGCCCCUGGAGUUGAUUAUGCCAUUCAUCAGGCUUGUCUGUUUGUCUCUGAGCGGUGGACUUUUGACUUUGUGGGGGCAGGGACAGAGCUCAGCUUUUCUGUCCUGAAAGCAGGGUCAAAGCUGUUGACUUGUCUCCAGGCCUGGGACGCAGGCUUUCAAUUUUGGAGUAUGAUAUACCAGGACUCGGUCCAAGGUCAUUCCGCUUAAUUGCUAGCUGUGGGCUUGGAAAGCAAAUCAUCGUUCUGGACAGCGUUGACCUAUUCUCUAUUGCUGCUCUUUUUCCUUCUUCCUCCUAAAAAAAGAAUGGAAAUUUGAGCCCUGAAAAAGGAAAAGAGCCCAGACGCAAGACACAGAUACUUCAGACCCAGAAGUGCUGCACAAGCAAGUUUUGGGUAAAGUCAAAAGUGGCGCACACGACCGAAAGGUGGAGAAGGGUGUCGAUCCUUCUGUCCAAAGCUGUUCUAGGAGAGAGGCGACUUCCCAACUCACCAGGUGUGGGCCCAGAAAGUGGUGUCAGCUUCGCUUUUGUUUCUUUUGGAGUUUCUCCAAAACAAAAGUUGUCUUUGGGAGACAGAGAGAGAGAAGUCCCCCAAAGUUCUGCUUCCCGCCCUACCCAGCAGAAGCCCUGGAGGAUGGGAAGGACAGAGCCCUGAGGAGAGACAGGCUAUGGUGACCUACAUCCUAAGGGAUCUGCUGGAGAGAAGUCAGGCAUUCCUUUCUCAAGCCAGGACUCCAGGUGUGGAUGGGUUUCCAAGCGCGGGUGACAAGGACCACAAGGACUUUUGGGUCAGGCACCAAAAUGGGGUCAGAGCAGGGCAGGUUUCCACUGUCAAUACAACUGUCUGAAUACUCAGAUCAAAAGCUUCAGGUAGGGGCUGGGGAGAUAGCUCAGUUGGUAGAGUGCUUGCCUUGUAAGCACAAGGCCCUGGGUUCGAUCCCCAGCACCAAAAAAAAAAAAAAAAAAAAAAGCUUCAGGUAUU